AUGGCAGACAACGCGAAGAAGAGGAAGCACGCUUCUACCACAGGCCCCGCCAAUGCUCCCAAACGCGCCCGCUUUCCCCAGAGACCCCAGCAUGUCAUCCCCGCGACGCCCACCAGCAACGCGUAUCCCAAUGGCGAAAUCAACGUUGCAAAUUUUCUCAAGUCGCACGAAAACGAAAUCAAGUCGCUGGAAGGCGCCAUCAAAGUAGCCAAGAACGCCCUGUCACGGCGCGCUUUCCAAGAUGUCCCCAGAGAGUUGCGCAGGAGAACUGCGAGCCACAAUCCCACCCGUGUGCCCAAGAGACUGCGACAACGGGCGCGGCAGGAGGCCAAGGAUGACAAUACCCCCAUCUCAAGAGGCACCAGCGGUAGCGGUAUGGGCAAGGGCAAGAAGAAGCAUCUGCGCAAUGAGAGUCGGGAGAAAAGCAGGCAGAACUGGGAGAAGCGGGCAAAGAAGAGGAAACAAGGCAAUCCCACAGCAACCCACACCCAGGACCACGAUGGAGACACCGCCAUGGACCCUCCCCAUGCAGACACCCCAAAACCAGCACCUCCUCCAAAGACGAAGUCGAAACGCAUAUUCCCCGCACUCGCGACUCCUCAUACUCCUCCCUCGCGAUUCCGUAGACGGCAGAGAGACAAGACAUGGCUGCCUACACAUCUGUGGCAUACCAAGCGCGCAAGAAUGACAGACCCCAAAGAGCCUCUGUGGCGGUUUGCCCUCCCUCUGCAGCCAGCCGCCAAGGCAUACCGUCUUACUCACCGAGCUGCAACUCAGCGCGGGGCCGUGGCCUGGGACAUGAGCUACAUGUCCACUAUCAGUCUCCAAGGCCCCAAUGCCAGUCUUACAGGCCUGUUGAAGGGACUACACUUUGGCGCAGAAGAUGCAGAGGAUCCAUGGCAGAACAGAGGGAGAGCGAAGAAGUGGAGGCAUGGCACCAGGACUUGGGAAGGCUGGAUACACGAAAGAGAGGAUAUGCGUCUAAAGAGGAUUGCCCACGUCACCAUCGUCUGGUGUGUGCCCGAGUCGGAGAAAGACAAAAGGAGGGCAUUCAUUCGUGUGCAUCCGAGUGCUUUCUUGACCCUCUGGAAUGAAGUCAUCAGGGCUGCCAAAGUACAGAAGCCACCAGUUAUCGUUCGGGAUGCCCGCUUCGAGAUUGGCUCCAUCGAGAUCAUGGGUCCUGCUGCAGCAGAAACUCUCUGUUCUGUACUUCACCCCAUAUCAUCUUCUUCUGACACAGAUACUGGUACUCCACAAUCACUGUGGUCUAUGCUAGCUCUAGUAACAGAUGUUGCUUCGCUGCCAGCGGGCGCAUUGUUGGCAUUUGACAUAACAGACCCUCGGCUCCGCGAUCCUCCUUCCACUACACCAACAGCACAAGAUCAACACUCCAUAGCGAUUCUGACCGAAGCACUAGCAGCCUGGCCAGUCGACCAGACGCAAAAGGCCGCGGCAGUAUUCAACACGGACGCCAGGCUGGCCGCCCAGCGAACCAUGCCAUCUCAAAAAUCUAUCAAUCGCCGAAAAAGUGCAUGCACACUUGGCGAAGACCUUGAGGCGCGCCCGACGGACCCAAAAAUACCUGCGCUCGUAUUUACGUCACGAGAGAGCAGGUCUUGGACGAUACUGCUUCCGUGGAAAUGUGUUAUGCCGAUAUGGCGACAGAUGAUGCGCUAUCCGGUCUCGACGGGCGGAAACCCGCGGUUCGGCGGCUUGAAAGAGCGACGUCAAGUCGACUUUGAGCGAUCAGUACCGCAUUUUCCCUACGAUUUUCCCAGUACAGAUGCUGGCUGGGCCUGGGAACUGCAUGCGCGACAAGGGAGGAAGCUUGAAUGGACAAAGCGCCCAAAGGGUAAGCGGAUAGAGUGGACCACCAUUGAUCUUGGUAAUGGCAGGAAAGGUGAAGUGGGAGAGCCCUGGGCUUGUGAAUGGUUGCUACUCUUGCCAUCAACGCGUAAGACUGCCGACUUCUCACAUCAGCGGUCAGAGGAAGGGUAUACUCCGCUGCGUCAGCUGUCGUCUGUUCAGGCCAAAAAGCUCGUGGAUGGCCAUCUUUUGGUUGACAGCCGGUUACUAUCAACCUGCGUCUUCGCUGUAAAGAUCACAAUGGUACAACGUGGUACUCCAACAGAAUGCGCCCGCAUCUACCGGCUGCCAGCAGAUGCAGAGCUGCGAAGCAAAUGGGUGUCGCUAAUCCCACUUGGUGAAAACAAGCGCAUACCAAACAAGAAAGGAUCUCAGCCUAGCGAUGUCAAGCCUAGUGGUAAUCCGAAAAGGCAGCUUGCAAGAAGACUACUCGAGCCGCCAAAAUUAGACCAGGGCCCGCCCAAAGCUGGUGAGGAGGAUUACCCCUUGGUUCCCGACGAGGGGGACCUGGUUGGCUUUGUCACCACAGGCAACUACAACCUCGCAGAGGGCAUGCCGACUGCUGUAGCCAACCUGGCUGUGGGCAGGAUGCUGAGCCUUGUGGGGGCACAAGGGAUAUCGCCGUCGGAUCCGACAGAGCGAGAGAGCGCGCGCGACAUGUCUGAGGACCGGCUGGCAGACGACCAGGCCGAGGGCAUCGCCUCUGCCGUCGGACUGCCGUCGGACGCGCUGGCAGAACUGACAACGGAUAUAUUGGACGAACUGCUGAGCAACAUCGUUUAUAGCACCGCGCUAUCAUGUCACCGGUCCGAGAAGCUGCUCCGCAUGCAGUCGGCUGCAACCCAGGCCGAAUCAAUCGCCCUCGCCAACCUCGAGCCGCAGUCGCAGAAGCAAAACACCAACGGCGCCAUAACAAUUCCCAUCGCAGAGACUCUAGCAGCGAAAUAUGAGAAUGGGCGCGUAUUUCUCAAGGGGAAUCCGCUCAAGACGACGCCUGAGAUAAUAUGUCCGCAUUGCAAGCUACCGCGCCUCAUGUAUCCCAUCAUGGGCAAAAGUAUGCAGAACCCCGAUCUGACCAAGGAGUACUGUAUGCUCUACCCCUGGGUACAGAGGUCGGGUCACGAUGUCUACGGCAACCCGUUUCCUACCGACAUGGCCAAGAGCAAGAAGGAGCGCGAGCUUAUUAAGCAGCAGCAAAAGAAUGCUGAGAAGGAGAGCGUCGGCACACCCGGAUCGCAAGACACAGACAUGGCUGGUGGCGACACCAAGGAAAUCAAGCUCAACACGGGCGGUAAGCCAGCCUCAUAUAUUCCGUGGCACACCUGUCCAAACUGUAAGCGUAGUUUGCUCAUCACGCGAUUCGCACAACACUUGGAAAAGUGCUUGGGUAUAAGCGGGCGACAGAGUUCACGGAACGCAAUGGCAAAGCUUGUGGGUCAAAAUGGCUCAGGUUCGGGUGUUGGCAAUACGCCACUCGGAAGCCGAAUGGGCACACCCGCACCCGGUUCCCAGGACGCCCCAGCUCCAAAAACCAGCAGCAAAUCCAAAGGCAUCUCGCCUACCAAGAAACUCGCUGCCGGCGACGAUGCAGACGCAGACGAACUCGGCCUAGACAACGACACGCCCGAGCGUCGCAAGAUCAAAAAGAAGAGCUCAUAUAUCAAGAAGGCCGACCGAGAUAGAUCUACAAACGGUAGCGGUGGCACCCUCAAAGUCAAACUCAAGACAGGUAGCAGGCCAGAUCUCGACCGAAAGCACAGCGAAAACAGCGAGAGGGGCGAGGGCAAGAGAGACCGCGACGCAGACGACGGCGGCGAUUCGCCUAAGAAGAAGAAGAUCAAACUCAGCUUAGGUGGCGGCGGCAAAGACAGGAAUAGGAUGAGUGCUAGCGUGGAGCCGGCGAAUGCUGCGUCGCCCGAGUAG